CUGGAGAAAGACGCGAGUGGUGCCGAGAAUGCGGCGUCUUUCAAGAACUGUCAAUGCCGUUGUAUUGGUUUUCAAUCGCCCAAAAUACCAGCCAGAUGAACGGCGAGAGCGUAGUCCAAGAGCGAAGCGAAAAAACGCACGUAUGCGCACAAAGUGGCAUUAGUUUGAGGCCAGUUUACGAAACAAAACAAGGGGCGCGCUAUAGUGAGUACGCUGUGCUCUAAGCGCACUCAGCCGUUAAAUGAUUACUUUUCGAAUACUUACAGGAUUACGAGCAAAUAAGGCUCACAAAACUGUAGUUCUUACGAACUGUUCUAGCGCGGCAUGGCUACUUAUGAAAAUUGAAAACGUAAAGGCGAGAUGAUAAACCAUGAAUCCGUGUUGGCUUCUUGUAGCCGACCCUUAGUCGUGCCUUUUAUCUGAGUACGUAUCAUAUUAAUGUGUCGGUAAGCGACAGGUCCCUGAACAGCGAAGGCUGUCCGUUUUAUGUCCUACAUACGCCCUCCGCCGUGCUUACUAGGACUUUUUCAGUUUUCACUGGGAUACGUUUGUCUUCCCACGGUGCGAGAAACAAGCGUGCCAAAGGUUUAGCGUAUCCUAAGUGAUGAUCCUACCUGAAGCAGCUCUCAUGUUUCAUCCAAGACAGCCCUGCGUCAGCAACAGCUGCCCUGCAGCGUGGACUGGCUUUUGGAGAAAGGGGGGUGGGGGGCCAAACGUCUUGAAGCAAAAGCUUGGAGGAAGACUACUCGCCGGGCUAAAACUCGGCUUCUGUGGAAAUAACUUUUUUCCUUUUUUUUUUUUUAACUGUUCAAGGGCGUUGCUGAGGGACCCCGCCGUGGUGGUUUCCCGUGGAGCAGAAUGCGAAGAUGGCCCGCCGGCCCCCCCCCACAGGCACCCAGGCGCUCCGCCGCUUCACCCCGGAGUCGCUGGCGGAGAUCGAGAGGCGGAUGCUGGAGGAGAAGGCCCUGCAGGAGGCCCAGAAGCCCGUAGAGGUGGACGAGGAGGACCGGCCCAAGCCCAGCAGCGACCUGGAGGCCGGCAAGAACCUGCCCUUCAUCUACGGAGACGCCCCGUCCGAGCUUCUCAACAUCCCCCUGGAGGAGCUGGACCCCUUCUACCAGGCCCAGAAAACCUUUAUUGUCGUCACCAGAGGGAACACCAUCUUCAGGUUUAACGCCGAACCUGCCUGCUACCUGCUGAGCCCGUUCAGCAUCGUGAGAAGAGGAGCCAUUCGAGUGCUCAUUCAUUCAUUGUUUAGCAUGUUCAUCAUGCUAACCAUUCUAUCGAACUGCGUGUUCAUGACGAUGAGCAACCCCCCACCAUGGAGUAAAACUGUGGAGUAUGUUUUUACAGGUAUUUACACCUUUGAGGCCACGGUCAAAGUGCUGUCCCGUGGCUUCUGCGUGGGCUCUUUCACAUUCCUCCGAGAUCCAUGGAACUGGCUGGAUUUCAUGGUGAUCAGCAUGGCGUACAUCACGGAGUUCGUCGACCUGGGCAACGUGUCUGCCCUCCGGACAUUCCGUGUGCUCCGAGCUCUGAAAACGAUCACCGUAAUUCCCGGUCUGAAAACCAUCGUGGGCGCCCUGAUCCAGUCGGUGAAGAAGCUGGCGGACGUGAUGAUCCUCACCGUCUUCUGCCUAGCCGUCUUCGCCCUGAUCGGCCUGCAGCUCUUCAUGGGGAACCUGCGGCAGAAGUGCGUCCGCUGGCCUCUGCUCAACGACACCUGGUCCUACAACGCGUCCGACUACGCCGGCGACGGCUAUUCCAACGGCUCCGACAUCAACGGAUACGACUUCAACUCCUACGUCAACAACCCAGAGAACUACUACUUUUUGGAUGGGCAACUGGAUCCUCUUCUUUGUGGAAACAGCUCUGAUGCUGGAAAAUGUCCGGAGGGAUACAUGUGUAUGAAGGUUGGACCGAACCCAAACUACGGCUACACGAGUUACGAUAACUUCGGCUGGGCGUUCCUGGCCCUCUUCCGACUCAUGACACAGGACUUCUGGGAGAAUCUGUUUCAGCUGACGCUACGAGCCGCGGGGAAGACCUACAUGAUCUUCUUCGUGGUCAUCAUCUUCCUGGGGUCCUUCUACCUCAUCAACCUCAUCCUGGCCGUGGUCGCCAUGGCGUACGCGGAGCAGAACGAGGCCACCAUCAACGAGGCCCGGGAGAAGGAGGAGGAGUACCAGAGGAUCCUCGAGCAGUUGAAGCACCAGUCGCACCACCUUGAGCCAGAGGAGAACGGUUCGGAGCAGGGGUUUGCCCAUGACGAAAAGAGCCUCGGAGAGGAUGGAAAGGGCCUCCGGGGGAAGAUGGACGACAUGUCCGACGGAUCGAUGCCUGACCUGGACCAUGAAGCCCUGAAGAAGAAAAGAGCCUCCAUUGCUGUUAGUGUCAUCAGCAAUCAGAUAGAAGAGCUUGAGGCAGCUGAGAGACCGUGUCCGCCAGGGUGGUACAAAUUUGCUGACAUCUUCCUGAAAUGGGACUGCUGUAAGCCAUGGAUCGUCUUUAAAAAAUGGGUGUACUUUGUGGUGAUGGACCCAUUUGUGGACUUGGGCAUCACAAUCUGCAUUGUCCUAAAUACCCUCUUCAUGGCAAUGGAGCACUACCCUAUGACAGAGGAGUUUGGUAAUAUGCUGGGCGUUGGAAACCUGGUUUUCACUGGGAUCUUCACAGCUGAGAUGGUCCUCAAACUCAUUGCCAUGGACCCAUACUAUUAUUUCCAGGUUGGCUGGAAUAUAUUUGACAGCAUUAUUGUCACGCUGAGCCUGGUGGAGCUGGGGUUGGCAGAUGUCGAGGGCCUGUCCGUGCUCAGGUCAUUCCGUUUGCUGCGAGUGUUCAAGCUGGCCAAGUCGUGGCCGACCCUCAGCAUGCUGAUCAAGAUCAUCGGGAACUCGGUGGGCGCCCUGGGAAACCUGACCCUGGUGCUGGCCAUCAUCGUCUUCAUCUUCGCCGUGGUGGGCAUGCAGCUGUUCGGCAAGAGCUACAAGGACUGCGUGUGCAAGAUCGCCGGCGACUGCGAGCUGCCGCGCUGGCACAUGACCGACUUCUUCCACGCCUUCCUCAUCAUCUUCCGCAUCCUGUGCGGGGAGUGGAUCGAGACCAUGUGGGACUGCAUGGAGGUGGCGGGCCAGGCCAUGUGCCUCAGCGUCUUCAUGAUGGUCAUGGUCAUCGGCAACCUGGUGGUACUCAACCUGUUCCUGGCGCUGCUGCUGAGCUCCUUCAGCGGGGACAACUUGGCAGCCCCGGACGAGGACGGCGAGCUGAACAACCUGCAGAUCGCCGUCAACCGCAUCAACAGCGGCAUCGCCUGGGUGAAAGCGUUCGCCCACGGGCUGUUCCAGAGGCUGCUGGGAAGGAAGCCCAAGGGCGAGAAGGAUGACGGCGGCGGCGGAGACCGCCUGGACCACUUGGACCCCAAGACGGGCAAGGUGGUCAAAAUGCUGGACGGCACGACCGUGAUCCCGGACGAGGUCUCCGUGGACGGAUUCGUCAACAGCCUGGCCCUUGUCGUGCCCAUGGCCAAGGUCGAGUCGGAUUUCGAAAACCCGGACGAGGACACUUCCGAGGAGGAGAACGACGUCGACGCCACGGCGAAGCGGGGGGAUCAGGACGAGAUGUCCAGCUGCAGCACCAUCGACUGCAAGCCGGAGGAAGAGGGGGCCGAGGAGGACGAACUGGAGGCAGACGACCCGUCCCAGUGCUUCACCGACGGGUGUAUCCGACGUUUCCCGUGCCUGACGGCGGACAUCACGCAGGGCCGAGGGAAGAUGUGGUGGAACCUCAGGAGGACCUGCUUCACCAUCGUGGAGCACAACUACUUUGAGACCUUCAUCAUCUUCAUGAUCCUUCUCAGCAGCGGAGCUCUGGCUUUUGAGGACAUAUACAUCGAGCAGCGCAGAACUAUCAAAAUCAUCCUGGAGUAUGCAGACCAAGUCUUCACUUAUGUGUUUGUGAUUGAGAUGCUCCUGAAAUGGGUGGCGUACGGCUAUAAGACCUACUUCACCAACGCCUGGUGCUGGCUGGACUUCCUCAUUGUAGAUGUUUCACUCAUCAGCCUGACGGCGAAUCUCCUGGGCUACUCUGAGCUGGGGCCCAUCAAGUCUUUGAGGACCCUGAGGGCCCUGCGGCCCUUGAGGGCCCUGUCCCGGUUUGAGGGCAUGAGGGUCGUGGUGAACGCUCUUGUUGGGGCCAUCCCCUCCAUCUUCAACGUGCUCCUGGUCUGCCUCAUCUUCUGGCUCAUCUUCAGCAUCAUGGGGGUCAACCUGUUCGCCGGGAAGUUCUACCGAUGCAUCAACACCACGAACGAUGAGCUGUUCGACAUUUCCGUCGUCAACAACUACACAGAGUGCACGCUUCUCGGGCUGGCCACCAACGAGACCCGAUGGGUCAACCUAAAGGUCAACUACGACAACGUCGGGAUGGGCUACCUCUCCCUACUGCAAGUGGCAACAUUUAAAGGUUGGAUGGAUAUCAUGUAUGCAGCUGUGGAUUCACGUAACGUUGAGGACCAGCCCGUGUAUGAAAUCAACCUGUACAUGUACCUGUACUUUGUCAUCUUCAUCAUCUUUGGGUCCUUCUUCACCCUCAACCUCUUCAUCGGUGUUAUUAUCGACAACUUUAACCAGCAGAAGUCUAAGAUAAGAGGACAGGAUCUCUUCAUGACAGAGGAGCAGAAGAAAUACUACAACGCCAUGAAGAAACUGGGCUCCAAGAAGCCCCAGAAGCCCAUUCCGAGACCUCAGAACUGUCUACAAGGCAUGGUGUUUGACUUCAUCACGAAGCAGUUCUUUGACAUCUUCAUCAUGGUGCUGAUCUGCCUCAACAUGGUGACUAUGAUGGUGGAGACGGACGACCAAAGUCACGAAAUGGAGGAAAUCCUGCACAAAAUAAAUCUGGUCUUCAUCGUGAUCUUCACCACCGAGUGUGUCCUGAAAAUGAUCGCGCUUCGGCAAUACUUCUUCACCAUAGGAUGGAAUAUUUUUGAUUUUGUUGUCGUGAUUCUCUCCGUAGUGGGCAUCAUGCUGGCGGACAUCAUCGAGAAGUACUUUGUGUCGCCGACACUGUUCCGUGUGAUCAGACUGGCCAGGAUCGGCCGCGUCCUGCGUCUGAUCAGGGGCGCCAAGGGCAUCAGGACACUCCUGUUCGCGCUGAUGAUGUCACUUCCUGCCCUGUUCAACAUAGGCCUGCUUCUCUUCCUCAUCAUGUUCAUCUUCUCCAUCUUCGGCAUGGCGAACUUUGCCUACGUCAAGAAAAUGGGCGGCAUCGACGACAUGUUCAACUUCGAGACGUUCGGGAACAGCAUCAUCUGCCUGUUCGAGAUCACCACGUCGGCGGGCUGGGACGGUCUGCUGCUCCCCAUUAUGAACAGCGGCCCGCCGGACUGCGACCCCGACAUCGAGAACCCGGGGACGGACGUGCGGGGGGACUGCGGGAGCCCUCUCAUGGGCAUCAUCUUCUUCUGCAGCUACAUCAUCAUGUCCUUCCUGGUGGUGGUCAACAUGUACAUCGCCAUCAUCCUGGAGAACUUCAACGUGGCCACCGAGGAGAGCGCCGACCCGCUGUGCGAGGACGACUUCGAGAUGUUCUACGAGACCUGGGAGAAGUUCGACCCGGACGCCACCCAGUACGUGGCCUACAACCAGCUCUCGGACUUCUGCGACACCCUGAAGGACCCGCUGAGGAUCCCCAAGCCCAACAACGUUAAACUCAUCACCAUGGAGCUGCCCUUGGUCACCGGCGACAAGAUCCACUGCCUGGACAUCCUGAUGGCGCUCACGGCGGAGGUGCUGGGCGACUCGGAGGAGAUGGACUCCCUCAAGGCGGGCAUGGAGGAGAAGUUCAUGAUGAACAACCCGUCCAAGUUGGCCUACGAGCCCAUCAACACCACCCUGAGGCGCAAGCAGGAGGAGGUGGCGGCGGCGGUCAUCCAGAGGGCCUACCGGAAGCAUCUGCUGAAGCGCUCCGUCAAGCAGGCGUCCUUCAUGUUCCGUGACAAGACGCACAAAACCCGGGCCGACGAGGAGGCGCCGGAGACGGAGGGCAUGAUCGCCCGGGCGAUGGGCACCCUCUACGGCGGCCGCAGGGCCGCCGCCACCCUGGUUCUCCCGAAAACCCAGCCGCCGCCGACGCCCAGGGAAGACCAGCCGGAGACGGACCCUAAGGAAGCGGGCGGCGCUGCCCCCGUGGAGGUCAAGAGCGAAGUGGUCCUGCGUUCCGCCCCGGCCCCGGCCCCGGUCCCCCAGCCUGCCGGACCUCCCAGCGACCUGCGGGAGUCCGUCGUUUAAAACAGAACCUCAGAACAACGCGCCUUGGUCUUCCUGUUGACACCCUCGCCGAGACUGGCCAUCGUUCCCAGCGCUGGAUUUUGUUCGUGUCGAUGGGAGGGGUUAAGUAGAGGUGGUGGUGGGGGCGGGGAGUCUCUGCAAUAUGGCCGAUCCUCGCUAGUUUAACAGCCCGAUAAUUUGACAGGGUUGCCUGUAGGUGUGUAUAACCCAGCCUGGAAUGUAAAAAGUUGUGAAACAGGGUUUAUGCUACUCUUGCCAGGUCUUUUGUCUGUAAUGGAUGUGUAGAUUUCUUUGUUCGGGUCAUACAGUCUGUUCUUAUUGUUGAGGAGGCCAAAUCGAGUGUAAAUACCAGCACCUGGGCCUUCCUUUGAGACACACCCAUAUGAAAAAGUUGUACUGUGCAUACUUGCUAUAAACGUUAGUUAUAUUUCAAGUAUUCUUAAGGAUAAAAUAGUGUACUUCAACAUGGUGAUUUUUUACAUGGGCUUUGAUUCAUUCAGUCAUUUGAAUGGCCGUUCAUUGGAAAUAAGCUAAAGAACCCAAAUUAUGAAUAUAGUGCUUUCAAGCGAAAAUGCCACGCUGUCUUUAAUGUCUAAACUCAGUAUUAGUUUUUUUUUUAAAUCUAUGCUAUCUAUUUCUGGAAGUUUUUGCAUAGUUUUGCUGUGAUGCUGUCAAACAGCCUCAAGGACUGUGCUUUCUCUAUCAAACGUGUUUAUGCUUUUCGUAGAGAAUGGCUCAGCUUUUCUAUGUUCUUUAUUUUAUCACAUUUUGUUACUUAUAUUUAUUUACAAAACAUGCUGAUAUUUUUUACUCAAAGUUAAAGGUACAAUAGGUAAGAUUUUUGUGUUAAACCAAUUUUAGGAGACAAUUGUAAAUUCCUUCCUAUCAUCGAAAAAGGUUCACUGACAUGUUGACUCACCCUCUGCCUGUGUUUAUAGUGCUUAAAUUCGGGUUCCAAAAUAUACAGUUGACAGCCCAACACAUUGUUUCACUGUACAAUAAUUCAAGGUCAUUGGUUGAAAAUUGGUUCUAAGGCCAAUGGCAUUUCAAAGUGCAUUUACAGAGAAGGGGGAGGGAUAAACAGUGUUGUAGUUUGAAGGUGUUUGUUGCUGCUAUUCCUCUCUUGACUGUUAGAAGUCUGAAUUUACCUAUUGUACCUUUAAGGCAGAAGAAAUGACUAUUCAGUGGAGUGCCAAUUGAGAUGACACUUACACUGUUCUGCUGUGUGUACCCUGACCUCCCCAUGGUGUAUCCCUGCCUCUCUCCCAACCACCCCAUGCAUAUACGCAUUUCCACAAGAAUGUAGACAUUUCAAUCAUGUCAAAACUAAAUGAGUGAGCUAGAAUUCGAUCUGCUUUCUACAUAAGAUAUGCAUUUAUCUUUUAUCGUCGUGUGAUAUCAUGUCCUUAUUACAACUUUAAAUGGGAUUCCAAAGCCACUAUUCAAUAUAAGCAUAGUACAAGGGCAAUAUGCAGUCUAAACCCGAUUUGUCUGAGUUUGCAUUUCAGAGAGGUUUGCACACAAACAUCUUAUAGUAAAGCAGUAAAGGGGGAAAAACUGUAAUACACAUCAGAUAAAUGUAAUUGUGAAGCACUGUGACUAUUACAGUUUAGUUUUUAUUUGCAUUUUUCUUUGGCACAAAAAACUGUGAACUUAUUUUAUUCUGUUUGCGCUUCAUUUGGACAUACAUUUCAUGACAAAACACGUUAUUAGUCACUGGCUUCGGCUUUGGUCGUACACUGAUGCAAUUUUUUUAAUCAAGCUGAUACAGCUAUUGGAUGCUGAAAUAUUCAAAAUAACUGUAGAUGAAAUAGAACAAUUCUUGACAAAAGGUUACUGGCAUGAAUGUGGAAUGUGAUAUAAACAUAUGUCACCAUAGCGGUUUCCUUGGUUACCAAUUUGAGGCCUUUAUCCUGAUUAUUAUUGUGUUCAUCUUAUGAGAUAUGACUCUGUUAACGUGGUAAUUGAAGCAGUAAGUGCCUGGGUGUGUUUUGGCAUUCUGUUUAUCAGAUUAACACCCAUCAAAGUAUAAACAGUAUUUAUUGAAGUGUAAGUGGUACUUUUUAAAAUUUAAAUAUUGUCAUUGUUGAAAUCCCUGUUUUUUUAUGCUGUUACGAAACGUGUCUUGAUACAUUAACGAUGUAUUCUAUAUUAUGAAUAGAUCUGCACUUGAGUAUUUAUAGUCAUCUAAAGUUCUCCUCAGUCUUACAUAAUAAAUGUCUUAAUUUGGGAAUUUGAGGAUACAUAAAUAAGCAGUAAUAAAAUGAGCACUUUAAAAUAUCUCUGUCAGACAUUGCAAACCAUUGACCCCAAAACUCCUGAUAUUUUUUUUCUUCAUUGUCAAAUUUGGAGAAGAUUUUUUUUGUGGCACUGAACAAUAUGCAUUUUCAAAUAAGAGAUUGUCUUAAUACAUUUGAAAUACAUGUGAAAGACAAAUAUGGAAGGUAUAUUCUCAGCAGUGCUUAAAGAAUGCAUCAGAAUGCACCGGUCAAAUCUUCUAUGAGCAUGAGUGAGUUGUUUUCCUUACAUUUUUUAUUUAUUUAUUAAUUUAUUUAUUUUCAUGUGAAUGAGCAUCCGGUGGUACCCGACCCAGCUGUUUCUUGGUCAGUAAUGUUUAAAAUGUAGGGCUGGCACAUUUGGUGCAGUCUGCCUAUGUUUCUUUGCACUAUGCAACAUGAAGUGUGCUGUUUUUUGUUGCUGUUGAGGUUUUUGUUUUGGUUACUUUCUUGCCUCUUGAUUGGAUCCCUUCCUCAUUUCCCAUGUAAACUGGAAAUGUUUAUUCGUC